AACCUGGGGCAGUUUAGGGGAGGCAGAGGUGACUGGUUGCCAUAGCAAUAGAUUUGGUGAAAGGUCACUCUGCCAUAGCCUAAGUGGCCCUGCAGCAGGCUGGAGCUUGGAUUGAGGGGGAAUGGUUGGGAAGCUGCAAAGCUCUUUUCUCUCCCCCUCUGCCCAGAAUGGUGCUGGAAGGAAACCCUGAAGUGGGGUCCCCUCGAACCUCAGACCUACAGCACCCCGGAAACAAGGGCUCUUGUGUUCUCUCCUCUCCUGGUGAAGAUGCACAGCCAGGCGAGGAGCCCAUCAAGUAUGGCGAACUCAUCGUCCUGGGAUGCUGUGAGGAAGGAGGUGAGGAAACCGAGGCUCAGAGAGGGGAAGUGACUGGCCCAAGGGCACACAGCUGCUACAAUGGGUGUCUGGCAAGUGGUGACAAGGGCCGUCGGCGAAGCCGCCUGGCACUGAGCCGCCGGCCCCAUGCCAACGGAGUGAAGCCGGACGUCAUGCACCACAUUUCCACACCACUCGUCUCCAAGGCACUGAGUAACCGUGGCCAACACAGCAUCUCGUACACACUGUCCCGGAGCCACUCGGUCAUAGUGGAGUACACACAUGACAGCGACACAGACAUGUUCCAGAUUGGCCGCUCCACAGAGAACAUGAUCGACUUUGUGGUAACAGACACGUCCCCUGGAGGAGGGGCCGCCGAGGGACCAUCCGCCCAGAGCACCAUCUCCCGCUAUGCCUGCCGCAUCCUCUGUGACCGCCGGCCGCCCUAUACUGCCCGCAUCUAUGCUGCUGGCUUCGAUGCCUCCAGCAACAUCUUCCUUGGAGAGCGAGCAGCCAAAUGGCGGACCCCUGAUGGCUUGAUGGAUGGCCUGACCACCAAUGGAGUCCUGGUCAUGCACCCCGCGGGUGGCUUCUCCGAGGAUUCGGCCCCGGGUGUCUGGCGGGAGAUCUCCGUCUGUGGAAAUGUGUACACGCUGAGGGACAGCCGCUCAGCUCAGCAGCGGGGGAAGCUGGUGGAAAACGAAUCCAACGUGCUGCAGGACGGCUCCCUCAUCGACCUGUGCGGGGCCACGCUGCUUUGGCGCACGCCAGCGGGGCUGCUGCGGGCACCCACGCUGAAGCAGCUGGAGGCUCAGCGGCAGGAGGCCAACGCGGCCCGGCCCCAGUGCCCUGUGGGCCUCAGCACCCUGGCCUUCCCCAGUCCAGCCCGUGGCCGCACGGCACCCGACAAGCAGCAGCCUUGGGUCUACGUCCGCUGUGGGCACGUCCACGGCUACCACGGCUGGGGCUGCCGGCGGGAGCGGGGCCCCCAGGAGCGCGAAUGUCCUCUCUGCCGCCUUGUGGGGCCCUACGUACCCCUGUGGCUGGGCCAGGAGGCCGGCCUCUGCCUGGACCCCGGGCCACCCAGCCACGCCUUUGCGCCCUGCGGUCAUGUCUGCUCGGAGAAGACUGCCCGCUACUGGGCUCAGACACCACUGCCCCACGGCACCCAUGCUUUCCACGCUGCCUGCCCCUUCUGUGGGGCCUGGCUCACCGGUGAGCAUGGCUGUGUCCGCCUCAUUUUCCAGGGCCCACUGGACUAGGCUCCCCGCGGCCCCCUGCUGCUGUGCCCGCCUGCCUGCCCAGGUCCCCCACCUCCUGUGGCCCAGAGGGAGCCCUGCAUGUGGGACACUACCAGCUGGCACAUAGCCACACCAGAUGGACACGUUGGAUGGGCUGUGCCCCUCCCCCAUAACUCUGGCCCCCAAGGAGGUCCCCAGGCAUACUUAAUGGGGCCUUCAGCACCAGCUCUGCCCUGGGCUGAUGGAGGAAAGCCCAGCCCCAUGCCCUGCCCUUCCUGGGGCGCUCCACAUUGUGCCGCCUACACUGUGUGCCCCUGGGGGAGUGAAGGGACCAGGGGCCCCUGACCCCCAGCUUAGGCUGGCUGCGCCCUGAGCCUGCCAGACCCAGUUCCAGAUGCUCCUCCUUCCUGCUGCUGCCCUGGGUUCCUCUAUAAACCUCACUGCUCAGCUGCCCUCGCAAAUCCCCGUGUCCCGCAUGCGUGCAAUGCCUCCAGCCCCUGAGUGAACAGUGUGUGGGCAGCAGGCUGGGACCGGCAUUUGCUGAGAGCCACUGUGGGCUGGACUCCAUGCCAAGUGGGCUCUGGGGGCACAGAGACUAUCAGACCCAGCUCCCCACCCACCUGGUGGAGUUCACUGACUAGCAGAGGACAGACCAAGUUGCCAAAUGUGAUGGAUCGAGUUACCACGUGUGCUGGGAUAAGGGCAUGAUCGGGGCUGUCGCAGUCCUUGCUGGAGAUGGGAAAGUAAGGGAGGCUUCACAGAGGAGGAGCCCAGCCUCGAGGGAGCUUGGAACCCUCCAGGUCCACAGAAUGGGAAGGGUGCAGGAAGGAGGGCCUGUGUGCAGGCUCGGGUGUCAGUGAGCAUGAAACUGAUGGACAGGUUCAGGGCCACUGGAGCAUGACUACAGGGGGCAGGGAUGGGGCUGGAGCAAGAGGCUGGGGCUAUGUGACCAGGGGAGAUGCUGGAAGGAGGGUUCUGAACCUCAUUUGUGGACGGUCAGGAGUCAACAAAGGGAGGAGGGAGGACUCACGGGUCCAGAGUGUUGGCUGUGCCACAAGGGCUAUCAUUCCCGAAUGCCCAUCAUGUGCCCUGCACUGUGCUGAUGAUAAUAAUAACUGUGUUCGUUGAGCACUCACCAGGCACCGGG